ACAUAUUUUACAUGCAUGCUUCUGUCACUGGCUUGGAAGUCUUAAAAAUAGCAGAAAGAAAAGGAAGACGGUCUAGAGGAAAAAGGUAAAACACAGAAAGGCGUCAAGAAAACGGAACCUCAAAAAAUGUAGCUUACAUUUAUUCAAAAAAUGUAACUUACAUUUUUUAAGGUGUCCCUAAGAAAAUGUAACUUACAUUUUUUAAGCCCAAAGUUGCAAAAAAUGUAGCUUACAUUUAGACAGGUCCCCCCCCUUAGGGGUGGGGAUGUUGUAUCUAUAAAGUGGGGUUACAGGCCACCGGGCGUAAUUCACCUAGCCACCCAGUUGGAAUGACAGAGGAUAUGCCAGACAGAAUGCCAGAGCCAGAAAAUAUGUCAGCUGGAUUCAGUUGGGAUGCCAGAAGUUCGGACAAUAUGCCAGAUAGAAGGCCGCAGAGGAUGUCAAAACCACAAUAUUUACGCAAGGUGAAUGCCAGAAUAAAUGCUGGAAUAUCAGACGGGAUGUCAAAAAGAAAUGCCAUCCGGCUAGAAUGUCAGAAAAUGUCGCAAGCUGAGGGUCACACAAAUUGAAGUAAUCUUUUCCUGUCACUGACGAGCUUGCUUGCUGACGGUUGGCCUUUGUGUUUUUUGUUGGGACUUGGAGGUCGUUGUUCACCCAACCGGCAAGGAUGGAUCAAGCCUCAAUGCUAGUAACUGCUACUACGUAGUUGGUUUUUAGGUGCUUCCCUUUAACCUUGUGCCCUCCGGCUCCAAGGUUCGGUCGGCCACGCUACCAACAUUGUUCGCCAUAGUUGGGGUAGCAGGUAUUAUGUCAUCACAGAAAAGCACGAGGAACCUUCCUGGGAUGGCACCAUGAACCUGAAAUCUAAGUAUAAUGAUGAGGUUCAAAUCUCCGUAUUCAUUAUUGACUCCCGCAUUACGCACUUGGAGGACAUUCACCAGCAGAAACAGUGCAGCUUUGAAGGAAGUUGGCAGAAUUUCAACGAACGUGGUCAAGGAAAGCAUCAUCGGGUCCUUUCCUUUACCAAAGCUGCUACGUGUUUUUUCCUUCUGGUCCAGCUUUCGUUGGCGGUGCUAGUUCUCCGGCGCUUCUUUCUUUUUGUCGACACUGGAAAGCUGCUGAGCCGAGUGAUUGUGCUGAAGUUUGUCUUGCAAGAUUUCCCACAGCAGUUGUGUAUUGCAGCCUACCUCUAUGCCUGGUAUGCGGACAACGGGCUUCGGUGCCAAAUGUGCCUUUUUCAUCCUAAUCAUUGCCUGGGACCCAGAGGUGAUGAACAGCACCCCCUCCACUCGACCAACUUCUUUGUAUGUCUUUUCACUUUGCUGAGUGCCAUUGCCAACCAGAUGCUGCUGCAAGCGAAGCUGAAACGAGGCUAUGACAGCGAGGAUGAAUGCGUUCUUUGUUUCUUCCGCUUUGUGAUGCUGUCAGUGAGUACUUUGCCCUUCUCGACUGCCAUGUGCUUUCUGUCAGCGUUGCUGUUGCAUUUGAAAUCGGUUGCAAUCUACUUUAUGUCAGCUAUCCCCGCAAUCCUGGGC